AUGAAGAUUCAAUGGGCUGGGGUCCUCUUAGGGGCUUCCAUUGGCGGAGUCAAUGCUAUGGCCGAAUAUAUGGCUGAGGCCAUGAGAGGGGAGCGUGUCUCUGGCUACGGUAAAUCUGAUAAGCCUGCUUGGGUACCGGACUUUAAAGAUGAAUCUCCCCCUCAUAACGGCAUUCGAAUUCCCCGUCAAGACUGGACCUUGACAUGCAGCAGCUCUGCUCGCGGCCAUCCCUGCAAAAACGCGAUCGACGGCAAAAACACCACUGCCUGGCACAGCGACCCCUCUGACAAGGGGCACACUUUUAUCGUUGACCUUGGGGCGUGGUACCAAGUGAGCGCCGUCGUUGUUCUCCCUCCCCUCGAUACGGGGGUGGAAGGCCUCAUUACCCAACACAAGAUCUGGAUCAGCGAAGAUGAUGAGACCUGGACAGGUCCUGUCGCAUAUGGAAUGUGGCCCAAUACUGUCAGACAGCGGAUGUCCGCGUUCGAGCCAUCUUCUGCCCGAUACUUGAGAAUCACGACUGAUGCCGACGACGAAAACCCUUGGGUCGGUAUCUCUGAGUUGAACAUUUAUGGAACUCUGUACACUAUUCCUCGCGAUCCCGCCCUCGGUGUCUGGGGACCUACUCUUGAUUUCCCUAUCGUGCCUGUUUCCGGUGCUCAAGAGGGAUCUGGCAUGCUUGCUCUUUGGUCCUCGUGGGCCGAUGAUCAGUUCCACUCUACACCUGGAGGCAAAACUGUCAUGACCCGGUGGAACUCAACGACCGGAGAAGUUUCCAAGCGCACUGUCACCAACACCAAUCAUGACAUGUUUUGUCCCGGUAUUUCUUACGACGGCACUGGCAUGAUGGUAGUAACCGGAGGCAACUCCGCCAGAGAGACCAGUCUCUAUGAUUCUGCCAAUGAUGAGUGGAUCAGCGCAAACGGGAUGAACCUCAAACGUGGAUACCAGGCAUCUACAACUCUCUCGGAUGGACGUGUCUUCGUUAUUGGUGGCUCUUGGUCUGAAGUCUCCACCAUUGACAAAGAUGGCGAGGUCUAUGACCCUGCUACCGGAAAUUGGACUAUGCUUCCAGACGCGACAGUCCAGGACAUGAUGACCGAGGAUAUGGAAGGUGCCUGGAGAGCGGAUAACCAUGGCUGGCUCUUCGGCUGGAAGGGUCUGAGUGUUUUCCAAGCCGGGCCUAGUAAACAGAUGAACUGGUACUCUGCUUUUGGCAAUGGGAGUGUCAAGGCGGCAGGAAGACGUAUGGAAGACGAGGAUUCUAUGUCUGGCAAUGCAAUCAUGUUUGACGCCGUGAAAGGAAAGAUUCUCACACUUGGAGGCUCUCCUGAUUAUGAUAAGUCGCCGGCCACCGACGCCGCCCACAUCAUCACGCUUGGCGAACCUGGUCAGAAACCCAAGGUCCAGCUUGCUGGCGGAAGAGGCACCAUGCAUUAUGAGCGUGUGUUCCACACUACCGUUGUACUCCCUGAUGGAAAGGUCUUCAUCGCUGGCGGCCAGACCUACGGAAUCGCCUUCAACGAAGAAAAUGUUCAGUUUGUCCCGGAGAUCUACGACCCUGAGACCGAUACUUUCCAGAAGUUGCAGCAAAAUAACGUGGUCAGAGUAUACCAUACUGUCUCCAUUCUCCUCCCAGAUGCCCGGGUGUUGAAUGCCGGCGGUGGGCUCUGCGGCAACUGCACGGCCAACCACUACGAUGGUCAGAUCUUCACACCUCCCUACCUGGUUACACCUUCAGGCCAGCCCCGGCCCCGUCCUGAAAUUCUCUCGGGUCUACCGGAGAAGACCCUGGUCGGUAGCACGCUGAGAUUCAAAACUUCGGGUCCCAUUUGGAAAGCUUCCCUGAUCCGGUUGGGCACUGCCACCCAUACUGUCAACACUGAUCAGCGCCGCAUUCCACUUGACGUUGUCGCUACAUCCUUCUUCAGAAACACCUGGAAGGUUACUCUGCCAAGUGAACCAGGUAUUCUCAUUCCCGGAUACUGGAUGUUAUUCGUCAUGGACCGUGACGGUGUGCCUAGCGUUGCGAAGAUCAUGAUGAUUGGCUUGGGCCCCAAGAAGACUAUCCAAGCUUGGGAGGAGCCACUGGGAGCUACGGAGGAAGAGAACUGUGAGCAUGGAUCCCUCACGUCUUUCUGGCAAUCUUGGAAACCAACACUAAUCUUGCAGACCAACGGCCGUUCAUGA